CCAUCAUCCUCCUUCACUUCCUGCAGAGUGUCAGUGUUGUGCUGCUGUUGGCUUCUAAACAUGGCUACUGCUGGAGCAGCUGGAGACGACCUGAGGAAAGAGCUCACAUGUGCAAUUUGUUUGGACUUCUUCAAAGACCCUGUCAUACUGAAAUGUGGACAUAAUUUCUGUCGGUUUUGCAUCUGCAUGCACUGGGAUGAAAAUGGCGGAGACUACGGGUAUCAGUGCCCGCAAUGCCGAUCGGUGUUCAACAAGAGGAGCUUUACUAAAAACUACCUGGUGCAGAACCUGGUGGCCAAACUUGACGAUCUGGAGUGUCUGGGGUCUUGUCCUACACCCUCUAAGCCCGUUAAAGUAGAUGGGAAGUGUGACCAACAUGGAGAGGAGCUGAAAUUGUACUGCCAGACUGAUAAAAGGCCCAUCUGUGUUGUCUGCAGGGAAUCUAGAGCACACAGACACCAUGAGGUAGCACCAGUGCCAGAAGUUGUGAAUGACAUGAAGAUGGAGUUGAAACUGAGGCUAAUGGAGCUGAACUGGCAGAAGACUCAAUGUGUAAAAGUUAUAACUGCUGAUGAGCGCACCAGAAGUGAAGUAAAGUUGAAGAAAAAGAGACUCAAGGAGAAGAUUGAGGCAGAUGUUGGUGCCUUGGUCCAGUUCUUGCUAGACGAGAGAGACUCCCUGCUUGAGAGCCUGGAUGCUGAGGAAGUGGCCACCAUGGCUGUCAUAGACGAGAACUUGAAGAUUGUGGAGACGGAGGUGGCAUCUGUGGACAAAGCUAUAGCUGAUAUCCACAGCCACAUCAGUGGGAAGUCUAGCUUUGAGAGCCUUGCUGAAACAUUCAAUGAAGUUAUCCAUUGCAAGCCUUUCACAUCUCUUGACACAGUUAAUUGUGCGACUGAAUUUACGGACUUCUCAGGGCCCUUCCAGCUUAUCAUGUGGAAGAAGAUGAUGCACGUGCUGCAUACCAUGCCCCAGAACCUCACCUUAGACCCAGACACUGCUCACCCAAACCUGCUCAUCUCAGACUUUGACACCAAAGUGGAAGAGGGCCGUAUUCGUAACCAGGAACCGGACCUGCCAGCCCGCUUCACCCGGUUCUGCGGUGUCCUUGCCACAGCCCAGUACGCCAGUGGCCAGCACUACUGGGAGGUGGAUGUGAAGGACAAAGGUGUGUGGUACCUGGGAGUCACCACUGAGUGCAGCAACAGGAAGGGCUUCGUGAGCCUCACUCCCUCCGCAGGAUACUGGAGCCUGUGUCUGCAGGACCGACUAUAUGCCAACGGAGAGGACGGACGCAUUCCUGUCGCAGACUACUGGAACUCCCCUCGGGUCGGUGUGUACCUGGACUACGACAACGGGCGCCUUAGUUUCUAUGACGCCGUGACAAUGAAGAGACUGUACAUGUUCGACACCUGCUUCGAAGAGCCGGUCUAUCCUUUCUUCAGCCCAGGGAAGAAUGACCCAGGCAGCAGGCUGCAGAUAUGCCACUAUUACUGAGAGCGCUGCGAUGAGUGACUUCUAAUCUAGUUUUCGAAGGGUGAACUCGUAUGCCAGUGUUUUCAGGUUUGCUGUUGGUCAGGUUUUAUCUCACAGACCUGGCUGGAGUGACGGGGUGAUGUUGACCCUUGGAGCCAUGUGCAUUUCAGCUGUUUCUUGUUGGUCUUACUGGUGUUUAGAAGAUACGAGUUACCAGGUGUCUUGUCACACUUUGGUUGAUAUGAAGAGCUUAAUUUUUCUCAUGAAGUUGAAAAUGUGAAAUGUGGUACCUUUCAACCUAGGCACACACACUGUAGGCUUAAACCCUGUUCACUACUGUGGCCGAGAGUUUGGAGAGGUGCUUUAUUUAUAUUGCUACGUUUGCAUGCGAUGCAGAUGCCUCCGAUGCUCUUCUCCUAUUAGCAAUCAAUAUGCCAUACUACUAUUAACUCAUAUUGGCUAUUUAUUUUUGCCAGGCAGGGUCAGCUGCCUUUGCCUUGUUGGGUAGAACCUGAAGAAAAUAUCACAUUGAUAGUUGUUGAAAAGUUAAGAUUCACUCAUUAAUUUUAGACUGAAGAACAGGAAGUUCAGAGCUGAUCAGAAUGAUUUGACUGAGAUUGGCCAGCUUGUCCUGGGAUUCCAGCUCCCAAACAUUGAUUAGACUUCCAGGAAGGACUGGUUUGGGUUGUUUUGUGGACAUUAAUAUUCAUACAGAUCAUUUUAACACUAGUCCUUUUUUUUAAAUCCCCAUAAUUUAAUACUGUACAUUGCUAACAUUUUUGGACUUGCACAUUCCUCUGUAUAUUACUCCAAAGCACAUUUUGCAGCUUUUGUGAGCAGUGAUACUGAAGGUGUAAAGUAGUGCCAUUUUACUUUUGUUAAAGGUAUUUUAAAAAAACAUUUAAUUAGUCUGCUUGAAAAAUGGGCAGGUAUACAAGACAAAUGUAUUAAGAUUUACAGCCAUAUCUUCAAAUGUGUUACUUAACAGGAGAACCUGCAGAUGGGAUUCACAUUCGAAACAGCCAAGUGCCUGAUGGACUUGACUAAAAUGUAAACGUCUGGAAUGCAGAAUGAAAGUUUUUAUAACAGGUUCAUAUUUUUUGUUUUCUUUUUACAAAUUGCCCCCAGCAUUGUCUUAAUUAUAUUUCUUUUUUUAAAUGAAUCCUGCUUUAGAUUAUUAAUCGCUAGCUGUUGAGUUGGUCCUGGUGCUGCAAAUUGGUCCCGACUCCUGAUGUUUUUCAACUCUGUCCAGUGGGAUUUCUAUUUUUGAUUAUUGAUGUUGAAUGUGAAAAUACAUGUAUUUGGGCAAUUGUAUAAAAUAUUUUCCUGCCUUUCGUAAACUUAUCAUUUUAAAACAUUCUUAUUUUAGAUCAUUUACGGGUUUUUAUUUUUGGUUAUUGUGCGGUUAUGGACCUACAAAUGAGAUGUCUGCAAUCUUACAGGCUUUUUUUUUUUUUUUUAAUUUAUUGAGGAGCAUAGUAGAAACAUUUAACAGCAUGACCAGUGAUAAUAUUUGAGACCGCCAAUCUCAAGUUGCUUCUUUUUUCAGUUCAUUAUCAGACGUCUUAAGAUGUUCAUGUGUUAUGACUGCAAAACUCUGUGCUCUUUAACUUUUAGAGUAUUUGUUGAUAAAUGUUUUGUCUAAGAUAGUAUACCUCAUUUAGUACCUAAUGCAUACUUUUUUUUCAUUGCUGAGUUUCAUUCAUGUAUUUAGCUUAGCAGUGUUUGGGCUGUGUCUUGAUAAGUGACUUAAAAAAAAUGGCAGACCCUGUGUGGCCCUUUCACCUGCUACGUACGUGCUACGUGCUAAGUGUUUCUCAGACUUAAUGAGAUUAAAAGAGGAAAAAUAAUUGUGUUUACUUUCCUUU